UUCUUUCCUCUUCCACUCGGACGCCUCGACUCGUCCUCGCUCCUUUACCCCCGCAGACACCUAGUUAGCCGUUUAGCACUGCUAACUAGUCCCCCUCCUGCCCAGGAGCCACUUAGCGUCAAAGUCACCGUCGCGCUGACCCUGAACGCCGCAUCCAAGGAGCGAGUUAAUGCGCCACGACGCCGUCACUUGCUGCCCGGACAUGACCGGCGUCUGAACCGAAGCUCGAGGAGUCACAGCGGCAGCGUCCCUCCGGCUCCAUGCCCCUCUGAGGAGUCGCCGCUCGCCCUCAGAAGGAGUUCGCCCCCGCGUCUUUGCCUUUCGUUCUCGCCAUGGGGGGAGCCGUCAGCGCCGGGGAGGACAACGACGACCUCAUUGAUAACCUGAAGGAGGCGCAGUACAUCCGCACGGAGAAGGUGGAACAGGCCUUUCGGGCCAUAGACCGCGGGGACUACUACCUGGACGGGUACCGGGACAGUGCCUACAAAGACUUGGCAUGGAAGCACGGCAACAUACACCUGUCCGCUCCCUGUAUAUACUCUGAGGUGAUGGAGGCCCUAAAACUGCAGCCAGGACUUUCGUUCCUCAAUCUGGGCAGUGGAACUGGGUACCUGAGCACAAUGGUGGGCCUUAUCAUAGGACCUUAUGGUGUGAACCACGGAGUCGAGCUCCAUAAGGACGUUGUUGAAUAUGCCAGAGAGAAGCUGGAGGAUUUCAUUAAAAAUAGCGACAGCUUCGAUAAGUUCGAGUUUUGUGAACCCGUCUUUGUUGUGGGGAAUUGCCUUGAAAUCUCAACAGACAGCCACCAAUACGACCGCAUUUACUGCGGCGCCGGCGUGCAGAAGGACCAUGAAAAUUACAUGAAAGUCCUGCUCAAAAUUGGCGGCAUACUUGUGAUGCCUGUAGAGGAUCAGCUGACCCAGAUAACCAGGACCGGCCAGUGCACGUGGGAGAGUAAAAACAUCUUGGCCGUGUCCUUUGCCCCCUUGAUCCAGCAGAGCAGAGCCGAUGGAGAGAAGCCCGACACUGUCCAGUUGCCCCCGGUGACGGUCCGCGGCCUGGAGGACCUGUCGCGGAUCUACAUCCGCCGCACCCUCCGGAACCUGGCCGGCCCGGACAGCCAGGGGAACGGGGCGGUGCAGCGGGUCCCGCAGAAGCGCAAGCGCCGGCGGUGCCGGCGGCGGCGCAUCAACACCUACGUUUUUGUAGGCAACCAGCUCAUCCCCCAGAUGGUGGAGAGCGAGGAGGAGGAGCACGCCGAGGAGGAGCACAAGGAGGUGGAGGUGGAGGAGGAGGAGAGAGACAUUGGCGACAUUGAAAUCCUCAAGCAAGUGAACGUGCUGAGAGACCAAAUAAUGGCUUUACCGCUGCCUGAGUCACUGAAGGCCUAUUUGCUGUAUUACAGAGAGAAAUGACUGAUCCACUUGAUAUCUUCUUAAUGGGAACGGUGUCUGCUCAAAUGUUUUUUCCACACUUUUCUGAGCAAAUGUAGCAUUAUUUCCAUAAAAUCUUGAUGGCACAACUGUAAUGGAAAGAGACAUCACAGAUAAUAUUGGAUAAUAAUGUUAGGAUUGUCACAAGUUAUUAGUCUUUGUUGACACCUUUUUGAUUUGUUUAUUAAAAAGACGAUGUAAAAAGCAAACGAAAUGGACAGAAACCCUUUUGAGACUUAGGUUUUAUCACCGCGCGUCGGGACGCCCGCAGACGUGUGCAGAUCUAAAGUUGUAUAAAAAUGAAGUUUGUACUAUAUUUGUUAAAGGACGAUCACGCUAAAACUUUUACCGCACCUUUUUUUAGUAGCUUUAACUUAGGCGCUGUCUGAAUGGAGCGGAAGACACUGAAUCCAGGCCUGAGAGUAAGACGCUCUCACGUAAUCAUUAGCGGAGCUUUCACGUCAUCACUCCUCUGGUGUUGUUUCGUUGUAGUUCAAGGUGUGUUUUUACCUUCCUAUUACAAUAGAUCACACAAGGACCACAUCGGUUCACCAUGUUUUCUGCAGAGAACCUUUUACGUACCGUGUUUUACAGGGUACUUACUGUACAUGAAUACAUACGAGGUGUUGUCGACCCGCUCCACUCCUUGGUUUUCUUUCUAUGUAUGAUGCAGGUGAUCCAUCAUAUCAGGGGUUAAAAUAUUGAUUACAGGUGUUUAAACGCAGUUCUUUUUUUCUUGUAUUUUACAAAGAGGAAAUCAGUCAUAGGAACAAGUACAUUCUUGAAUAUAGUGUAUUUGAUUGGGGGUUCUGACUUUGCAUGUUUUGACAGGUCACUGGAGGUGAUGUCCCAAGUGAUUUAGGAAGGCAGGAAAAACAAUCCUGUCAAAUUCAGUUUUUUUAUUAUUAUUGACGACAUUGCAAAAUCAGAAUCACUGAAGAUGUUGAAGCCUUUUUCGAGGAGUGUCCAGCAAAGUACCUUAGUCUGUAGGGGGGGGUUCUGAAUUAACUGUGGACUGGACUCAUCGUAAUGUAAAUCCUGUUUGAUCAAAGUGUGACUUGCUCGCUGAACUCCCCUUUUAAAGACAGUGUCGGGGAUUCUGUGGGUUUUCUGGCAUGGCGACAUUCGAAACCUGUAUAAUGGUACAUUUGUAAGGAAACAUUCCAGCGAAAAAAGAAAACAGCACAUCACUAAUAAAUGUCAGAAGCGUACUUUUUUUUUUUUUUUUUUUUUUUUUUGCUUUACUGUUCUAGACUUUAAAAAUUUCAACUUACUUUGAAUGCAUCAUUUAGUAUUCCAGAAACUGCGUUGAAUGUUGUUAUUAAUUCUAUUCAAUAGAAAAGUGAUAUAUAUAUAUAUAAAUAUAUAUGUGUAUUGUUACCACAUGAUUCCGCAUACGGUUUAAUUUGCUUAUGGUUUGUUGUAGCGCCCUCUUGCUGUACUGUAUUUUGACACUGGGAACUCCACUGCUGUCUGUUAAAUAGGAAAGAUAUUAGUGCUUUAGCUCUUCUCAUUUUGUUCAGAUGUAAUGGAAAAAAAAAAAUUAGUUUGAGAGCAGGGCUGGUUAUUGUGUUGUUUUGUUUUUAAACCUUCAUUGGAAAGCUUUGCAAGUAAGCAAUAAUGGAAUAGUCUCUCCGCUUAUAAUUGCCCAUACCAGCAUAGUCCCAUUUGGUUCAUGUAGUGCCCAUUAAUAUUCACAUGACCGGUUACAGCCAUGCAGCCGUUUAUAUACCAUUAUCAAAAAUGUAAUUGCUAAUUAGAGAGCACAUUAGGUUUUGAAAGCAGGGGACCUAAAACCUCGACUCUCAGGUCACGCCUUGCACCAAAGUUAAUGGGACUGGUGUGAUUACGUCUGAAGUGGAUGGCGUUCGACUACAAACAUGGCAACCGGCACAGUCGCGUCCAAUUCCGCACGCGCCUAUUAAGUUAAUUUGUGAAGAGCCAAAUCAGUUGGGCCCAGGUUGACUUCUCAUAGUGUGUGCGGUUCAUUUUGAAAAUGUGUUGUUCCUUCAUAAAUGUUUGGCACAGAAAUAAAGGUCACAAUCACA